AUGACAAGGACCCGGAACGUCCUCGACGUGUUGAUACCGAUUCGGUACGCGGGGCAAAGCGGGAAGCAGUCAAACACCAACCUGAACCGUGCGGCCGAGGGACUCCGAAGCGACUUCCCUGAUGGUAGUGUCACCCCUCCGCUCUUUCGUAUUCACUGGGCUUGGCUGCGUGUGGGCGACAUUGGCGUGCCCCAGCUCUGGAAGAACCUGGACAAACACAUGCACAGCCUCACACACCACGAGGCCAUUGAGAGUCUUAAAGCCGGGGAGCAGAAGCACAAGUGUUGGGCGUGUGACGUGUCCCUGCCGGGUUUGGAGCAGUUCAGCAAACACAGAGAGAGCGGCCUGAUGGUGGAUUACAACAACGACGAGCUAAAAGUUCUGUGUGCUCAGAGAGAUCACAACCGCAUGAUGGCCAAAAAGCAGAAGAAUAGAGAGAAGAUGAAUAAAAAGAGAGAAAGAAAAGCAGCGAAGAUCCAUGGGGGAUUUUAUCAAACUACACGGACGAAAGCUUUCGGCAUUCCCGGACCACAGGCGGUGAACUCGGCAUCGACCGACAACAGAUGUGUCGCUUUUCUACUCAAUAAUGAGAACAAAGAAGGAAGGACGAACACAGAAGCUGGUCCUCUGUCUCAAAGCCAAUCCCAGGCUGAAUAUCAUCAUUGGCAGCUGUCAAAGUCCGUCUCCCGGUUCCAGAACGAGGACGUGCACUUUGCAGGUGACGAGUUAUCUCGGUCGGACAUCUUUUCUUCCUGCGCUGAAGACCGAUCGCAGCAGAACAGAGAGCAGGAUAAAGUCGUGCUCGGUCAGAAGAGAUCGUGUAACGCCAACACCUUUGAAUCUCCAUCCAUGAAGAAGCAAUGUACAAGAGAUCUUUCAUUCAUGAAGGCCAGAUUCAUGAACGCCAGAUUCAUGAAGGCGUCUGUUUGUCCCGGAGAAGUUGGGCGCGUGAAUCCGCCUGCGUCCGCUGCCGCACCGCUUCCUGCUCCAGAACCAGAUCACUUAUCCAUAAUGCUGAAAAACAUCCGGAAUUCUCUGAGCACGGAGCGUCCACAGGUCAGUUCUUUGAAAGAUCCCGAUCCUGAGCUCAGACCAGAAACUACGCUUUCGGACAACCUACGUUUCUCCUCAAAGCCUCCACAGAUGUCCAGAAAGAGUCAGAAAUGUGAGGCGCAAGCCUGCAAGAGCCAGAGAACGUCAUCUCUAAGCAAACCGGAGGACGUCCUUCUGACAUCCACAGGAGCAGGACCACAGGAGACAGCAGAAACCAGCCAGACCAGGAACGUCCUCCCGACCUUGUUGAACCGAUCGGUCGGCAAAGCGGAGGCCAGCAAACCCAACCUGAAGGCGGCGCGAGGAAUCCGAACGUCUCAGAAGCCGUGCCAAGCCGCCAAGACGCCGGUGCUGAAGCCGGUGCUGCAGAAGCUCAUCAGCUCCAAGAGCUCGCAGUGGCGUUUCAACUGGAAGGAGAUGUAUCAGGAAGCCACUCACAGGAAGCUGCAGAGAGAGAAGGGUUUGCCCAGGUUCGGGAUCGAGCUCGUGUCGCCGUUACCUCCUGAUCCACGAGAAGAAGGUCUUGAGCCCUUCGAGCUAGACGAAGGCUUCCAGUGGGCGUCCAUCGAGUGCGACACCGUAACUCUACCUUGCUCCGUAGGUUGCCCGAGCGAAGACGCGGACAGACGUGACCUCAGGAUCUCAAGCACAAAUCACACCUCAUGGACAACAGAAGAGAAAAGAACAGACGUUGGAGAGAAUCCCAGCACCUCAGGGACGAGCAGAUCUCCUGAGCUCGUUGCCGACCGGCUGGAAAGCACUGAACCCGAUGACGACAUCGCCUCAGAAACCCGGGAUUUAGCGAGAUGGCAGAACGCGACACCACGAGAAAGCGCAGUUUGCGUAAAGACAGAGAAGAUGUCUGAUUAUUCUAAAGAACCGGCGCUGGAAACGACCGACCAGGACACAAUCCCGCUCGUCCCUAACGCACAAACACAAAUAAAAGAGGAAAUACAAGAUUUUCCCCUCACGGAUACUCCAAAAAGUCAGGUGAAUGAGCUGUUAGUCAUCUCUCUCAGAGAGGUGGAGUUGUGCGGCUCUCUGGAGGACGUAGACCGUCGACUGCUCCGAGCUCAAGCUGCUCUACAAACCGCCUUCAUGGAAGUUCAGCGCCUUCAGAUGAUGAAACAGGAGGUAACUGCAGAGAUGUCGUCCCUCAGGGGUAAACGAAUAAACAUCCUGCGUAGAAUUAAAGAUUCCAGACCAGACCAGUCACCAGAUGCAGAUUCUCCUACUUCUGCAGCAUCAGGACCCAGCGCUCGAUCGCUCUUCUUUUCGCACUGAAUUUAAUCUCCUAGAUUUUUCUCUAUUCUUUGAUUUAAUAAAGAAAUACGCACAUAAAGCUCUCAGGAAGUGACGUUACACGUGUCUGUGGGUGUGGCUCCGAGGCCCGGCCCGAUACCGGCGUGUAAGCAUCACUCGGCGGCGUGUGCCGAAGUCACUGUACUGUAAUAUAAGGGGGAAGGAGCUGAUAAGUCCUCCAUGAUUACUGAGAUCUCAGGACUGUUAGUUUAGGAGCUCUGUGUGCUUUAGACCUGACCGCUGUCUAUAAAACCUUUUGAUUUAAUCCUU